AGGUUGGCCCGGCGAGCGCCGGGAGUCUGCCGGCUGAGACCAUCCCAGGAGGGGGCCCUCGCGGCCAGGAGGCGGGCGACAGGGUGGAGUCGCUACGGCCGGCAGCCGCACGGCUCCACCUGUUGCGGCGUCGGAGCGCGCCCGCUAGCAAAGGCCGAGCCCCGCUCCGCAGGGCAGGGCCGCGAGAGGAGGAAGCCCAGGGACAAUCCUGACAGCGGUACAGAGGGAAUGCUCCCGGGGAGGCGACCCGCCUGCUGGAUGCCACGCAGCCUGGGGGCCGGGCGGGAGGUUCAAGCUUGCCACUCCGCACUGUCCCUCAGCUCGAGCGCCUGCCCUGGACCGGUAUCCAGCCUCUAAGCCCAGGCAGCCGGGUCUGUGACUCGGAAGGCAAGAGACUUGGCGCGACAGGGUGACUAAGACGCACCACUGCCGACCCAACUGGGUGGGCACCUCCAAAGUCAAAAGACAACCUCUUCACCCGCGUCGUACGCACCGGCGGCGCGAGAAGUGAGGUCAGCGGGCAAAGACCCGGUGGCUCCACUGACCCGCCGACCUCGCUGGAUUCCAACCUUGGCUUCCGGGGAAGUUCAGGUCCUCCGGAGUUUGCCCUGAAGACGCGCCACGCCCCCUCCCCAGUCGGAGCCAAGCGGGGAGCCGGGGUGCCAAGCCCUAGCGGACUCUGCGCUCCGACUCUCGGGUCUUCAGUGUUAAGAACUCCAAGCCCGGCGGGGAACGGCGGCGACAAAGCGGAUUCGAAACCAGGACGUGGGGAGCUGGUGCCGCAGAAGCGGCGGAGGCGGCGGCCUGGGGAAGCGCCCGGCGGUCAUGGGCGAGCCGGCCGCGGGGCGUCCGGGAGCGGGCUGAGUGCCCGCCGAGCCGCGACCUCCCCAGGGUGUGGACGCCAGUCCGCCUGCGCCCAGGGCGGCCUGGCACGGGGCUGUCCCGGGGGCUCGGUCAUGGCCGGCCGGGGUUGCAGCUGUGGUCCCGGCCACCUGAACGAGGACAACGCGCGCUUCCUGCUGCUCGCCGCGCUCAUCCUGCUCUACCUCUUGGGCGGCGCCGCCGUCUUCUCGGCGCUGGAGCUGGCGCACGAGCGGCAAGCCAAGCAGCGCUGGGAAGAGCGCCUGGCCAACUUCAGCCGCGGCCACAACCUGAGCCGCGAAGAGCUGCGCGGCUUCCUGCGCCACUACGAGGAAGCCACCAGGGCCGGCAUCCGCAUGGACAACGUCCGUCCGCGCUGGGACUUCACCGGCGCCUUUUAUUUCGUGGGCACCGUUGUGUCCACCAUAGGCUUUGGGAUGACGACUCCAGCGACGGUAGGAGGGAAAAUCUUUCUGAUCUUUUACGGCCUCAUUGGCUGCGCAAGCACCAUCUUGUUCUUCAACCUCUUCCUGGAGCGGCUGAUCACCGUCAUCGCCUACAUCAUGCGGUCGUGCCACCAGCGGCAGCUGCGGCGGCGCGGGGCGCUGCCCCAGGGCCGCCCGAAGGCGCCGGGCCGCGGCGCGGGGGACAGCCUGGCGGGCUGGAAGCCCUCGGUGUACUACGUGAUGCUGAUCCUCUGCUCCGCCUCGGUGCUGGUCUCCUGCGGCGCGUCGGCCGUGUUCGCGCCCAUGGAGGGCUGGAGCUACUUCGACUCGCUCUACUUCUGCUUCGUGGCCUUCAGCACCAUCGGCUUCGGGGACCUGGUCAGCAGCCAGAGCGCCCGGUACGAGGGCCAAGGCCUCUACCGCCUGGCCAACUUCGUCUUCAUCCUCACGGGCGUCUGCUGCAUCUACUCGCUGUUCAACGUCAUCUCCAUCCUCAUCAAGCAGACGGUGAACUGGAUCCUGCGGAAGCUGGGCGGCCGCUGCUUCCCGCGGUGCCGCCGGGCGCGCAGCAACGCGGUGAUGCCGGGCCACGUGCGCCGCCGCGGGGACGCGUCCCCCGAGCCCGACGGCGCGCCGGAGAGCGACGCGGACGGGCGGCGCCUCUCGGGGGAGAUGACCUCCCGGAAGGACUCCAGCAAGGUCUCGCUGGCCAUCCUGCAGAAGCAGCUGUCGGAGAUGGCCAACGGCGGCCCGGCCCAGGACGACGAGUUCUCCGGCGGGGUGGGCGCCUUCGCCAUCAUGAACAACAGGCUGGCGGAGACCAGCGGGGACAGGUAGAGGGCAGCCGGCCGGCGAGGCCCGGGCUGAGGACGGGGGCGCGAGGCCCGGGACCGAGGAUGGGGAGGAGGCUGUCUGCAGGCACCGCUGGCUGCGCCUCGGGGGCCACCCGGGGCUGUUCCCGUUCAGGUCCCUUCAGGUCCCACCUUGGAAAUCUGACCUUGGCCCAACCAAGGGCUGCGGGGAGCGGCCGCCUCUGUGCCUGACCCCUUAUUUCACUCGUGUCUAAAUGCAGUCUUUUCUAAAUGAAUCACAGAGGCGACGCCAGACACUCUCCUGUCGCUGCUCUUCUCUUUCUCCCAAGAGAAAUAGGUCUUGACCCCUCGCCCUCCCCACCCACCCAGCUGUUUCACUUAGAAGUGAAAACCUGAAAGACCCUAAUUCUUUCUCUGGAACACUGAAAGGAGGCAUUCACGGCCGCACCCAGCCCCUUUGAGAAAAGGGAAAGAAUGUUCCAGAAUGUGCCAGGCCUUUUUCUGUUUUUUUUUUCUCUUGCAGGACAUCCUUCCAGCAGAUUUAUCAGUGGUUCCAUGAAUAGGGGAACUAUCUAGUCUGCUCUUUAUGGCCACUUCUUGGGGUCUGUUGUUUGUUUUGUUUUCCUUUUCUGUUUAAGACUGGAAUGUUUGGCUAAGGUGUCUUUGCGAAGUCAGUGUAAUAAGAAAACUGAAUUUCGGUUUCAGGUAUUUAAACUGCCACAAGAUGUAAGGGGCAGGCGAGAGACUCACUUU